UAAUUUGUUAUAAAACACUUUUGACCUUCCUACUCCACGAAAUAUUCAAUUAACAGUAUAUUUUUAAUACUCCCUCCGUUUCAAAUUAUAUGUCGUUCUAAAGCAAAAUUUUUGUUUCAAAAUAAGUGUCGUUUUCGGUUUUCAAUGCAAAAUUUAUUGAAAAUAUUCUCUAUUCUAUUUUUAUAUUGGUUGAUGUGUAUUGGUAAUAGUAUUUUUAUUUUGGAAAUAUGUAAAAUUAAAUGUUUUCUUAAUCUGUGUGCAAAGACUUAGAACGACAAAUAAUAUGAAACGGAGGGAGUAUAUAUAACGUAUACUGUUUACCAUGGAACGAAAAUAUUACUUUUACAAAGCCAAAUGACUUAAAACAGCAACAACUCUAUAUGCUCUUAUGAAUUUUGGUCUUAAGAUUCUAAUUCUAUUGAGCUAAGAUCCUAUGAAAACGAAUUUAAAAUUAAUUAGUUAAAUGGCAAAACCAGUUAACGUUAAUUAAAUGAUAGUUCUCAUAAAUAACAGUUUAAUUUGUUGAACUCCUUUUAUAAAAGGUGGUGCUUAACCUAAUUCACUAUGACAAGACAACAAAUGCUAAUAUAUAUGUAUGUUAUGUGUCAACUAAACAAAUAACUAAAAUCAUUGGUGGAGUCAAACCAUAUGACAUGAGCACACAUGUAUGUGAGGAAAAGAAGAUUUUGGGAGUCUUUCUGAAAUUAAAAGAAGGUAAAAACUAAACAACGUCCCAAAUAAAUUCGAGUGGGUACCUAUAUAUGGCUUAUUUCAUAUAGUAUAUACAUAAAAAAGAUAUACUUUGAUAGUGGUCAUAUAUACUGAUAUACCAACAAUUCGUUAGUCAUUUCCUGAUAGAAACUCCACUUAUAAUCCAAUGCAUUACGAUCUCUAACUAUGUAUAUAAAUAUAUUAGCCGGAAACAAGAAACUCCACUUUUGGUUUUUGUGUGAGCGAGAACCCUUUUUGCCAAUGGAUUUGGUAAUGUUGACUUUCUUUUUAUAUAUCUUUACCAAUUUAUGUUGUAUGUACGUGUUCAUAUACCGAAUACAUCUAUCUUUAUAUGUGAAACGGUGACAUCAUUUUUGUUAAGAUUUAUGUACAAAGAAGAAAUUAUCUAAUUAUUUGGAUCAUCAAACCCCCAAAAAAAUUCCAUGUAGGAUGUAUUCUCUUUUAAUUUUGCAAGAAAAAUAUAUAGAACACAUCAUAUAUGAUUAUUGAUUAACUAGAAAUACAUGCACGUACAAUUGAAUAAAAUUACAAUAUAACCUGUUUUUCUUUACUUUAGACAAUUUCUUUUUUACUUUAGACAAUUCUACAUGCACACUAAACAUUUUUUCGUCAAAUACAUCCAACCUAAGAGUACUACCAUCACUCCAAAUUUAGUAGCAAUAUAAUUAGUUUAAUAACUAAUUGAAAUUUUUUUAAAGUAUUGUGUAUGUAUAAUGGUAGAGAAAUUAAUAUGGUCACUCACAUUAGCAUUAUGCCUUGAAUUACUAAAUCAAAACUAAAAGUUACAUUUUUUUUUUGCUAAAACUAAAGGUUACAUUUUACGUACCUAAUUUUGUGUCUUAACUUAUUUGCUUAUGACCUAAUUUCCUGGCCGGUAAGAUACCUAAUUUUGUCGCAUAAUUAUGGAUUAUGUAGAUUUAUCUAUUAUCAACUGAGUAUAUAUAUAUAUAUAUAUAGACUUUUUCUUCACCAACCAAUAGGAAGUUGUCAUUUUAAAUCUAGUAUUUUUUAAUUAAGGAAACAAAAUAACUUGUCAAAUUAUAUUAUACUUUUAAAAUAAAUAAAAAGAUUAAAUAAAUAAAAAUAACAAUAGUUCUAAAAAUAUUAUUUUUAAAAAAUAUUUAUUUAUAAAAUUUAGAGUUUAGUGUUUAAGAUUUAUAGUUUAGAAUUUAUCCAAAUGUUUAUUGUUUUUCCAAGGGUUAUAGUUUACCCAAGGGUUUAGGGUUUACCCAAGGGUUUAGGGUUUAAGAUUAGAGUUUAGGGUUUAGUGUUUUGUUGACAACAUGUUUAGUGUUUUUCCAAGGGUUUAGGGUUUAUCCAAGGGUUUAGGAUUUAGGAUUAGAGUUUAGGGUUUAUUAUUAGAGUUUAGGGUUUAGUUGACAACAUUAAUUUUUAAUUCGUUUUUAUAUACUAUUUUUAUUUAUUUUUAAAUUUUAUUUUGAAAAUAUAAUAUACUUUGACAAGUUAUUUGUUUCCUUAAUUAAAAGAUACUAAAUCUAAAAUGACAAUUUUCUAUUGGUUGGUGAACCUUUAGGUUCACCCUAUGGAGUGAACCCAAGAAUAACUCAUAUAUAUAUCGAUGACGUAUAAAAUUACUCUUGCGACUCUUAUAUAAAUAAAAUAUUCCCAAGUUUGUUGACUAAACCUCAUCGUCACCUAUAAAUGCAAACCCAUUAUCGACAAUCAUAAUCUUCAUGCAAACUCCAAUAUUUCGAAGAAAAUAAAAGAAACAAACCUAAACCAAAUAACUUACUUAACCAACAAGACAUGACGGAAAAAUUCGAAACCGCUGGAGUUUGUACCGGAACAUGGUGGAGUUUCCCCAACGGCAUGUUCUCCGACUUCUCUCAGCCACGUUCUACUGAAAUAUCCAUCGAUAUUGGCGGAUUUGAAUGGCAUAACAUUGAUGAUAUCGAUGUUGAAACCUAUGACAAGAGCCAUACUUCUACAUUAUCAAGCAGUGCAAAUCUUGAUUCCACCUCACAAGUCAAUGUUUGGAACCAACAUUAUAACCAUCGUGAAGAAGAAAGAUUCGAUCCGAUAAGUAGUUUCUUAGAAGGAUUGUUUGAUAACAGUGAGCAACUAUCGGUUCCUAGUGUGAAACCAGAACUACUCGAAAGCUUUCACUUCUUCGAUGACGUUUUCUUGGACGAAUCAAGAACUGUAUCAGUCUUUGAUAACGAGAUUGGAGACAAACAUGAGGAAGAAAUACAAGCAAAGAAGAGUCUAAUUACUUGCAAAAGAGCUAGUGAAAAAACUGAAGACCUCGAAGAUAAUGAGCCACUACAGCCAUCAAAAAGGCCAAGACUCGAGACCCUAUCACAGUUUCCGAGCUUCAAAGUUCGUAAAGAGAAACUAGGAGAUCGAAUCACCGCGCUUCAACAGUUAGUUUCACCCUUCGGCAAGACAGACACUGCUUCUGUCCUACAUGAUGCUAUAGAGUAUAUCAAAUUUCUUCAAGAACAAAUCACUGUCUCGAGUAAUCCACAUCUGAACUCUAGAGGAUCUGGUGAACAGAAGCAGUGUUCAUACAAUGACCCUCAUGCCAUAGACUCUAGUCCAAGACAAGAUCUUCGAAGCCGCGGUCUUUGUCUGAUGCCGAUUUCAAGUACUUUCUCCACCUCUCCGCCGCAUUUUGGACUCAUCUAAGUUCUGAAAUUAAACUCUUACAGUAAUCCCAAACUAUAAUUAUUACACACAUGUCCGAACAUAAACUUUGUUUUGGUAAGAACUGUAAAUUAAGUUUGUUUAAGAAA